AUGUGCGGGCUGAGCCUGAAGUUCUUCAACAAGUCUGAGACUCCUGCACAGGCACGGCGUCGAGCUGAGGCCUUCCGGGGGGCUCGAUCAAACCUGACUACGCAUGUCAGGACUGCAGAUGUCGAGAUUGGCAACGAGCCGGACUUUUAUGGAUAUGCCUACAACGUCCAGGGCCAUAUCCGCUUUGACGACCGCCAGACCAGCCCCAGGCUGUCACCAGGUCCCUUUAUCGUAUUUGUGGCACCAGGCUGGAGUGUUGAUGGCGCCGUUAUGACGGGUAUCCUGGACAAGGCCGUACUACUCUCGGCAACUGCCCAGUUUUGUACCCAUCUUGGUUCUAGCUCUUUUAGCCUGGCACUUCAGUUUGCGCCAGUUGUGCUACUGAAUAAGGAAUUCAUUCACAGCAACCUCACGACCGAAAGCAGCGAGACAAAGGCUGCCAAAGCAUACGGUGUGAAUCAUUCACGCACCGAGGCUAAGUCACUUGCCAAAUACGUCGCUGGCAUUCCCUCGAUCCAUCUGACCGCACUUGUUCUGUCUUUGGUCAGCCGGCGCAAAGCUAACUCAAAGUCACGGCACGCGUUGCUCAUCGUCAACGAGGCCAUGGGAUUGUCCGAAGGGGAUGUGAUCCUCGAAGAGGUCAGGGGCGGGAUGUUUAAAAUACAAGCCUCGAAAGCGGUUCUCUUGGAUCUGAGUGAUCUCGCCGACAGCAUGCGCCAGCGAGCGAGUGAUAUGACGACCAGAAAGGAGGGGGAGAUGGACUUGUUCGAGGGUGAUAGGACGUCUUCUUCUGAAGAGCAGGUGGUGCUCCGAUAG